GUACAAUGUGCUUACAACGUCCGACGACGUAACGUCCCUCGGUGGGAUCAACUGGAUGUUAGUAUUUUGUCUGUUUUCUACAUGGACACUCACGUUUGCCGGUCUCGUCAAGGGUUUCGAAAGCGCUAGAAAAAUAAGGUUUCUAACAUCUACAGUACCCUACAUAUUUCUGCUCAUUCUUCUUAUACGUGGAGCAACUCUGCCUGGUGCUUGGAUAGGUGUGGAGACUGGCUUCAAACCGAAGUGGUCAGAUUUGUUGAAAUUAGAAGUUUGGUCUUCUGCUGCUAUACAAGUGUUGUUUGCCGUCGGACCAGCUUGGGGAGGAGUGAUAACGAUGGCGUCAUAUAACAAGCAUGAUCGUCCACUUUUCAGGGACGUGUUUGUUGUACCACUGGCCUGUUUUUUCGUCAGCCUCUUUGCCGGAGCUACUGCACUCACCGUGAUGGGACAUCAGAUGCAUGUGGGAGGAGUGAAUGCGAUCCAGCGCCUUAGACAUUAUGGGCCAGGUAUAUCAUUCAUCGUUUACUCCGAGGCAUUGGUGAAGAUCCCAUGUGCGGCCAUUUGUAGUGUUUUCUUUUUCGCCAUGUUGUACGUCCUGGGGUUAUCUUCUCA